CCGUCGUCGUCCGGCUGCGAGGCAUGCCUCCAUGCCCGUUUCCAUGUAUACACCUGCGUAUAGAGUCAUGAGCUUCAACCCUCCCAACCAGCUAUGGAGUUCCCAGUUUGGCGUUCGCUUUGGGGCGCUGGCAUCGCCGCAAGACGCGAGUAAUACUACUGCUACUGCAACUACUGCUGCAACUACUGCUACAACUAUAUCCCCUCAUUCUUCCUUUUCUGUCCAAAGCGACGAGAGCUGGUCCCAGACCUCUGUAAGCUCGACGCAAACAGGCGUAUUCUCGGCCGGGGCUGUUGAAGACCCACUGCCGCCAGCGUCAUAUUCAAACGAUGUCGCUGCCUUUGAUGCUGCUCGACGGCCGAUUUCUCUGCCGGGUUUAAACGUCGCGGCCGAUACAGUCAACAGCGUCGCCACCACAUCCAGCAGUAGCACCGACACAAACAAGGCCGUCGAGCCGCCAUUUACACCACUAGAGUUCAACAUCUCCAGAGAGCAGUUUCUCGCCGCUCGUGCUGCCGCCCCUGGCACUCCAGAGUCCCACUGGUCAUAUGCCAUGUACCAUCGAAAUGGUGAAAACGGGGCCGUUGACAAUGUCAAGGUCCAUUAUUGUGAAAGUAAAGCCACCAUGGAGCGCGUGUGCACAGAGUAUUUCCUAGACCAAGAUGUCAUUGGCCUGGAUCUAGAGUGGAUGGCAUACGCCAGGACGGCGGAUGGGCCGCGGCGCAACGUCUCUCUCAUCCAGAUCGCGAGCCCGAGUCGCAUUGCCCUGUUUCACAUAGCAGUGUUCAAGUACGGCGCAGACCUUGUACCGCCGUCAUUUCGCAAAAUCAUGGAGAAUCCCAAAGUGAGCAAAGUCGGCGUCAACAUCGGGCCAGACUGCACGCGUCUCAGGAACCACCUCGGCGUCAAUGUCCAAGGCAUCUUUGAAUUGAGCCAUCUCUACAGGAUCGUCAAGCAUUUCCCGCACGAGCGCCGCUUGAUCCACAAGACCCUGGUGUCGUUGGCUACUCAGGUCCAAGACCAAUUACUACUUCCUUUAUACAAGGGAGAGGUACGGACUGGCAAUUGGAUGAGGCGGCUUAAUCCACAGCAGAUUGACUAUGCCGCAUCCGACGCCUAUGCCGGUCUCCAGCUUUACUAUGUACUUGAAGAGAAGCGAAAGAUGCUCGUUCCUUGUCCUCCGAGACCACAUCAUGCAGAGCUACGGCUGCCUAUUUCUCUUCCUGAUACCCCAGAAGAAGCCAAGAAGAAAGACGAUGAAGAUGCUGCUCUAAUAGCAGACCCUUGUAAAACGAAUGUCAUCUCUAAACCGAAGUAUCCCAAACCUAGAGUUCGCAAACCUAAAGUCUCAUCAACAGAGGUUACAACAACAGAAAUUGCAACAACAGAAGUUACAUCAACAGAAGUUACAUCAACAGGAGCUCCCGCAACAAAAGCCCCUACACCAUCCAGAGCAAGAUCAAGACGCUCAUUGCCCAAACCCAUCCCCGUCGACACUAGAGAUGCGCGGGUCAUUGCGGCCGAGGCGCAAAUGAAGGAAUAUCGCGCGGCGAAAACGACCGAGCUCAAAACGGCCGUGCCGUGCCUCCGGGCGUACUACAUGUGGCAUCGAAACGAGGACCUCUGUCCUGGCGAUAUCGCAGCGCUCCUGCGCGAUCCGCCGCUUCUGACCAGCACUGUUGCGCAUUAUGUUCUUGACGCUAUAAAGGCCGAGAAUCUGCCUUAUCCCGUACUUAGAUUACACAAAGAGGUGAUUCCUCAUGUUGACUUGAGCAGGUCAUAUUGGUCCAAGCAUACUUCAUUGGUCCAAGAAUGUACAAAACUAGCAGACCAGAUGAAGGCGGAUAUGGAGAAAGCAAAUGAGACACACGAAUGAAGAACACUUGACAAACAACUGUUACUUUUAGAAUAAUUAUGAUAGUCCUGGUAUAUUCAAGCCUGAAAUGAAAUUAAACAAACAAAGUCUAUAACGCCAGCAAUCCUGUACCCCUGUUGAUCUGCACCUUUUUGUCUUCUCCUCCGCUCACGAUUCCCCAUGUCUUGUCCCACACCACGCUCAACACCUUGGCGCCAUCGCCAGCAGGAGGUAGCUUCUUGCCCUUCAGCCACUCUCGGCCGAUAGUAUAGACGGGCUCGCUGACGUUGCCGUUGCCCUCGUCAGACGAUGCGGUCCGAGUACUGCGCAGAUCCCAAACGCGACACGUGCUGUCGUGCGAGCCAGAGACCAGCGAGUAGUCAUUCUCCGGGCAGGGCGCCACGGAGACAACCAUGUUGACGUGGCCUCGGAGAGUCAUGGCGGCGGUUGCGGCAGCCGACUCUCUGGGGUCGAGCAGGGUGAUGUGUCGCGCCGAGGAACCAGCCGCUACCAGGUUUGCGCCAGGGAGUGCUGCUGCGCAGAGGAUAGGGUGCAUGGUAGUGAGGCGGGACACCUCUUGUUGUGUUGUGAGAUCGAUCGUCUUGACUGUGUGGUCCAAAGAAGCCGAAUAAGCGACGGUCGAAUCCUUGGGAUGGAAAAUAGCAGCAGUAACCGAUUCGUCGUGCAGAGGAAUCAUUGCCAAAGGUCCACGCUGAGCAGUAGAACCAGCGUUGGACAGCUUAGCUCGCUUGGUGCUGUGAGCGGAGGGAAGAGUCUCGGGAUCAGCCUGAGGAGCUGUCCUCUUGGAAGCGGACCACAAGCCAACACGACCGUCUGAAGACGCUGUGAGAAUACGUCGGGUGGAACCGUUGACAUCGAUGCUGUUGAUGUUCUUCUCAUGCCCCCAAAGUUCCAUGUUGGGCUUGAGAGAGCCAGAGAAACCAUCGGUUGCCUCUUUGUAGUCCCAGACCAUGACCUUUCUAUCCAGGCCAGCCGACGCCAGCUGAGUCGACGACAGCCAUCGCACAGCGUUGAUGCGUUGAGUGUGUCCUUCGCCUUUGCCACCAGCAGAGACGGCAAUCGCGUCUCCAGAGGGGUUCCAGAUUCUCACUAGGCCAUCAUAAGAAGCGCUAGCAACUCGCUCGUUCACGGCGGCAUCUCCAGCAAGCAGUCCAGCAGCAGAAGUCGAUGACAGGACAUCAACUCCGCUGACCCAGUCGUCGUGCUCGAAGCUAGCCUCGUAAACGGGUGGGAGGAGACUGCGAACAUAUUGGAGGGUCAAUGUUGUCUCUUGAGAAAGGCCAUUUGAUUUGAGGUAUUCUUCGAUGCUCGUCUUGAGGAAUGUGCCGUUUGCGAGGAAAUCGAGAGGGACUGCGGAUGAAGUAUCCAGCAUCGACUCGGAAUUCAGAAUGCGGGAGAGGCCAUAGCGCUUG